AUGAGUACUACAACACCGAUAGAAAAAGCCUCUCCGAAUUCAUUUGGAACGACUACUCUCUGCGAUGUUUGCCCUGACAGGGGCGUAAACGCUUCAUUGGUGUCAAAAAGUCCUGUAGAGGAGCCUGCUUCUGAAUGUUUGUUGGGUCCAAGUGAUAUUGAGCACCGCGAACCAGGGGUUAAGCCUUACGCUUUCGCAGCACCAUUUGCACAUCUAAGCAUUCCUAUGCGUGGUGAACUUUAUAAGGUGCCACAUAAACCAGAAAAAAAUGAAAACGUGGUUGCUUGGAGGGGAGCUGUAAGACCUAAAAUGAGAGAGAAUCAUCAAACGUGUAGGGUAUCUCAAACGCCUUAUGCAAUUAAACCCAAGAAUCAUCUUAACAACAUGUCUGAACUUCUUCAACAUCAUAGCUCAAGGCUUGAUCAUGUUUACAACAAUUCACUAGCUAAUCAUAGAAGGAGUAACUCAGGAUCCGAUCUUGUGAAAAUAAAUUCACCAGCCUUAGCGACGUUGCCAAGAAGCAGACCCAUCAAUUCACGCGGACUCCAUGGAUGCGGAACUAACUUCACUCAUAAAAUUACUGAAGGGACUAAAAUCAUGCGGAGACGCCAUGCCACUAACUCCUUAACUUAUUCAGAAGUGCCAUUUGUUCGCAUAAAAAAUGUCGAUCGUUUACUUAAGAUGGAUCGUGAACUCAACGAUAAGAAAGAGGAGGUUCACUCGCUGAAGAAAGCACUUCGUCGUGCUGAGAUGACGGCACGCUUCUCGCGAGAGGCAGUAAUGAAAUCUUGUGGUCAUAUGUCACUCUCUGGAAUACAUUCUGAUGGAGCAGCCCUUAUUGAACCGUCAUACCUUGCAGAAAAAUCUAUUGCACCAGUGAGUGAAGAUUUAAUUAAAAGAAUAUGCUUCUUGGAGGAAAAAUUGACUGCCUCACUGCAGGAAAUUGACCUUCUCAGGCGUGAUCGGCGAACAUUUCGUGUGCAUCAACUCUCAUUGGAAUUACAAGCGACCGAAAGUGUGUUACGACAGCUGCUUAAUCGCAACCUGAGCUCCGAACAAGCCAAUGGUUUUGAGGCAGCCAAAUUUACUUCUUUACAAAAUGCUAAUGAUUAUAUGAAGAAGGACCAUAGUUCUUCAGCCCCAAUGUCUAUUAUACAUGAUUUUGGUUACUAUCAGGUAGACGGGAUAGAGGAUACACUUAAAAAGGAGGAGUCAAUACAACAAAUGAGCAAACAAUUGAACACACUAAUUCAGCGAAAAAAAUCUGAUGAAAAAGAAACUUUACAAGCUCUUGCUAUGCUCGAAAAGCUUAGGAACGAAAACACGUUGAUGACAAAUGAAUUAUCAGUGCUUCGGCUCUUGCCAGAAAAUUUAGUUUUACAGCAGCAGGACCUUGAACGAACACGGACCCUUUUGAUUCAAUCUGAUCGUCAAUUGGACAAGUACAAGCAGCUUUUUGUCAAAGGAGUGUCAUUAGAGGAGAUGCAAACUGUAGUAGAGGAGCGAGAUAAAUUCCAGAGGCUUCUCAAAGAGAAAAAUGAUCAAGAGGCAGCUCUCCGCGAUGAAAUCGAGACCGCAAGAGUGCGAAGUGCACAUUUUGAUGAGAACAUGAGGAUGCAAAUUGAGAAAGAAAGAAGCCUUGCCAGCGAUAGAGAGGCGAAGCUUUGUGAGACCCUUCAACAACUCGAGAAGAAGCUCGCACGUUUAAUGGAGAUUACACAUUUUCAAAGUCCAGACGCUAUGAAUGGAGUUGGUUUACACGCUGAUCAGCACCUGGUGCCCACACAGCAUCACUCUCGUGGCGAGGACAGCAUUAGUCCUCAGUCCUCUGUAAAAUAUCCAACCGUCGAACAUAUGUCAGAUUUGCACAACCUGCAAGGCAGGUUAGAGGCUUCUGGUUAUGCCACGCACGCGCUUGCAGCUUUAGGAUCUGAUAAUUCUUCACCGAACAAUCAACUGGGCGCUCACACUUCUAGUUCUACAGCUUCUUUGUCAGAAAGCACUCAAAGACUCGCAAAAGAGGAGUCCACAACUAACCCUCACGAGCCACAUUAUAGCUCAUCUCUUUCUAGCGAAAAGCCGACUCCCCAGUCUUCGCGAUCGUUUAGUGUGAAAUCUGCCCCAUCAAUUCAGGGUCCCUUGGUCUCUAUCGUACACUUAAGUGCGGCUACAUCUUCCAACAUAGAUGGAUCAUCAGUGCCUGAGGACAAGCAUUCAGAAGACAAGGAACUGUCCAAGAAGGAGCUAAAUCACUCGAGGCCCAGUUUACUCAUCACUGAAGCUCCAAUUUUCUCUGGUAUUGGGGGAGUUUUGGAGCAAAAAAAUAGCUCGAUUAUAGAAAUACAUACUGCGAAAUAUUCCAUGACUUCACAAGUGGAAUUGGUAUCGCCUCUAAUUGAAGGACACCUGUCUGAUCCCCAUAUGACUAUUCCGCCACCAAAUACUAUUUCAAAUACUACUCCAAUUCCCCCCUUUUCUCCACAGGGGGUUUGUCAGGAAGAUGACGUGCCCUUAUCGCCGAAAGUUACAACCUUGCCAGAUGUUUACCCUGUUACGGUCUUGGCGUCUUCUGAGAAGCCUUCAGAUUUCACGGAGCCUGGGAAUGCCGAUAGCGGUGAGGCCGAUCUUACGGAGAGUAAAGAAGACAGCUGGGUUAAUCUCGCACCCUCUUCCAUUGUUACCCGGCCGCUACCACCAACGAGGGAGACACCUGGAUCAUCGGUUCAUGAGGGGACGCACAAUGAUACGGGUCGGCACGCCACACGACCCUCACAAAGCUCAAGCUCGGCGAUUGAUACAAAAACUGUGAAGAGUCGCCAUCGUGGUUCUGAGGAUCUGGAAGAGGUGGUAAUGACAGCAAUGGUUCCUCUUCGGCCUUUUUUCACCAUUACGGCACCUACAGAAACGGCUGUAACGAAUACGACGGAUCAGAUUUCGGUAGGGUGUGUUUCCUUGUCGCCCAAGCAGUUCCCAGUGGGGCAGAGAGAAUCUUUUCCCUUCCCAAACAUAGGGAUGAAAGAAGGAAGCGAUAACUUGCCUCAAGCCAACAGCAGUGCUUCUGAGGGUAAAAAUCCGAAUGAUAUCAAACUGGAAGGGUCUUUAUUAUCAGGCAUACCGCCAGAAUCUUCACAGGCAAAAAUGUCCUCCUUUGCUGAUAUCGAAAAUGAAGCUGAUCCCCAAGUUAACGAGACAAAACCGAGCGGUAGCAGAACGACCGAGGAAAACGAAAAACAUAGCGUACUAAGCGGUAAAGAUGAAGCAGUGUUUAUCUCACCACUACAACCUCCAGCCUUCGUACCGGUUCUCCCCAUAACAGAUGUGAUGAGCGACGCGUUAAUAGGGGAGAAUAAUAUUUCUAUAACUCAGUCCGACACAAAAUAUUUGAAUGGCGCUGUAGAGAAUGCAAGUGACGUAGGCCCCAAAGCAUGUCUCAAUGCUAUGACUGAAGUGGCACCAAAAAUGCACAUUUCGGAGCUAUCCUAG